CAUUAUCCGUUGUGGAAGGCGGCUCUAAUGGAGACCCUCGCUAUCCUUCGCGCUCCUUCUCUCCCCGUUUCCUCCCGCUCGCCUCUCGAACGCCAUGACCGCUCCGGUGGAAACCGUAGGUUUCGUGUUGCCUGUUCUCCUGUUCGAUCUCAAGCGAUUGAUACGCCGAAAUCCGAAUACAAGCCUGGUAUCUUUGAUGAUCUGCUUCUGGUGUAUUUUAGGAAGAAAAUGGUGGAGGAGGUUGGAUGGGAUUCUGAGAAGCCUGGAUAUGCUGGACUGAUUGAUGUUGCAAAUCGUCUUAUGAUGAAGGGCAAAAGCAAUUUGGAGACCGAGCAAUCAACGGUCCGCAUGCUACAAUCAUUGUUUCCUCCAUUCUUACUCAUGCUUUUUAAGAAGCUUAUAGCACCUAUAGGUGGUGGCCGAAUAGCCUCCAUGAUGGUUGCAAGAGCAACUGCACUUUCUUGUCAGUGGCUGAUGGGCCCAUGCUCAGUCAAUUCAGUUGAUCUGCCUGAUGGGUCCUCUUGCACCAGUGGGGUGUUUGUAGACAGGUGCAAGUAUCUGGAAGAAAGUAAAUGCAUCGGAAUUUGUAUUAACACAUGUAAACUGCCAACCCAGACUUUCUUCAAGGAAUGCAUGGGAGUCUCACUACAUAUGGACCCAAACUUCACUGACUAUAGCUGCCAGUUCAACUUUGGAAAUCUGCCGCCAUCACCAGCCACUGACAAAGCCCUCCAAGAGCCUUGCCUGGCUAUAUGCCCGAAUGCCAGCCGUCGAAGAGAACUUGGCAGUAGAAGUGGUGACAUUGACCAAUGCCCAAAGGUAUAAAAUAGAUUCAGAAGCCUGUCCUUCCAUUGUUUUUGUCAUUCACAUGUAGCACAGCGAUGCUGUAAAUGUAAGAUUACGACUGCAAGACGAUUUUAACAUAGAUCAAAAAGGAUGUGUGGGGACCUUAUCCAUUCUGCUUUCAGCCCAUCAUGUUUACCUGUCCAUCAUGGGUAACGGUUUUCUACUUAAACGCUAAUGGCUCUAUGCGUGGUAGUCCAUUGCCGCUUGGCUUACUUCAAACUGAUGAAUAUAGUUAUCAUUGCAAAGGACAUUCUCUGUA